AUGGGCAAUAUUCAAGACUUUAUCGUUUUUUUCAACAUUUUCCUCCAAUUAAUUUAUCAUUUUGUAAUUUGUCAUGGACCCCCACAACCAGAAAUCCCUUCCCCCGUGCAAUGCUAUGGACGUUGUUUAGCUAAAUGUACAGAAGAAAAUUCAGAAAUUAGCUUAAAUCAGUGUAGAAAAAAUUGUAGAAAAUAUGGACAGCAAGGGCUAUGUCAAAAAGAAGAUUCUGAAUGUUGGGGGAAAUGCAAAGAUUUGAGUUCAAAAAAGGCAGAAGGCCCUCCUCUCUCUCCACCAACAGAAGUUCAAGCAACCAUAAAUGAUAACUACACAAUUGACGUUAGUUGGAAGCCUGGAAUUGGCCCAGAAAGCGAACAUGUCCCAAUCUACAUGAUUAGACUACAGGCUGAAUUUCCUGAAAGAAAAAGUGCCCAAAUUUUCUCCCGAGGACUUAGCCAUUCUGGAAUGGCUUUCCCUUCUGCAGAAAAUGUUUGUGGUCCAAUAAAUAUACGGUUGGCUGCUGUUAGCCAAUCUAAAGGAAUUGGGGUUUUUACAAAUCCUUUAAAUUUGGAGGAGAAAAAGCCGCUCAUUCCGGCUAAAAUGGAACUCUUUGCUGCUACGUAUAAUGAUACUCCUUUCAUAUCUGACGGUUUCCAAAUAAAUGGCACCUUAGACGUUGAACUUUUAUUUAAAUUUGAUGGUUGGCCUUUUGGAAUUGAAGAUCUCGAAGUUAUUCCAAUUUUUCAUUUAUUAAGUUGUGCAGAGCCUGACUUGAAUCAAGCAAUGCCUGUGCCUGAAUUUAGUCCAGGUUCCAGACCAGACACAGUAACAACCCAUUUAGGAGCCGAUAUCCUUACUCGUCGUUGUCGAUUUGUUUAUGCAGUAGAGGAGAUUCAUUCUAGCAGAUGUUCAAGGCAAUUUACUGUCUCAGCUGAGCAAAAGGAUUACGAAUCUAUUGAAUUUAAUUGCAAUACAGUAACCGGCUCAGAAAAUGUACCUAAUGGAGUUUGUAAAAAAGAUGACAGGGCAUCUGCCCCUAUUUGUGGUCAAUUCGAAAACUUCAAUUAUACUGUUAUUGGACAGACACCUGACCCAAAAACAAAUGAAAAAAGUAUAUCUGUCAAUAUUACCUUCGAACCACUUCGAAGAAUUUUAAAUUUGAAACCAAAAUAUUAUGUGGCAUUGUAUGGAAAUGCUGUUGAUUAUAAAGGCAAUGAUGAGCGUUUUCUAAGUGGUGUAAAUAUGACAAAUGUGAUUGGCCAAGAAACUAAUUGUGAUAAACUUGGAGAGGAUAAAAUUUGCAAAGUAGUGUUAUGUGCAGUACUUGAUCCUCGUAAUUUAACAUUUCCUGAAGUGAAUACAACAGAUAAAUCUAUAAAACCAAAAGCUUUUGGAAUUUAUCUGCAAAAAGGGAAGCAUUUGGAAGGUGAUGAGGAAGAAAACUCUGAAGAGGAAGAAGAAAGGAGACGAAUUGAGGGAUAUAAGGCAAAACGAUUUAUCCGCUUUAUGAUUGGCGGUGCUGUUUUAUUAAUAUUUCUUCUGGUUGUCUCAGUCAUUGCCAUCUUCUUUUGGAUUCGACGUUCAAAGAAUCAACUAAAAAAGAAACGUGAAACUUUUGAGGCUAUGCGGAGGGAUAGAGAACAGAGAUAUAUGGACUUCCCUGCUAGAAAAGAAGAUCCAUGGGAACUGGAAAGGCGAAACCUGAUUAUUUAUGAAGAGAAAAAGCUUGGCGCAGGAGCAUUUGGAGCUGUUUAUUUGGGUAAAUUGGUUGGUAUUAGUCGAUUAAAGGCUGCAGGGAAUAAUUUAAGUAUAGGCCUUUUGAGAGCUGAAAAUGCACUUGUGGCUGUUAAAAUGUUGCCAGAAUACGCCGAUGAUAUAUCCAAAAGUGAAUUUCUACGUGAAAUAGCUUUAAUGAAAACUUUGGGUUAUCACGAGAGAUUAGUGAAUAUGUUAGCCUGUGUAAUGCAAUCAGAACCCUAUUGUUUGGUUGUUGAAUAUUGCAGUGAUGGCGAUUUACUCCAUUUUCUCCGCAUUCGUUGUAAAUACAUGCUUGAAUUGGAUGAUGCCGGAAUUAAUUAUUCCGACCCCGAUUGUGGGACGGAAUUUGAUCAUUCUAUGAUUAUGACUGUAAAACAGUUGUUAAUGUUCUCUGUACAAAUUAGUUAUGGAUUGGAAUAUUUGACCCAAAAAGGUUUUGUACAUAGAGACGUUGCUGCUAGAAAUAUUCUUGUGCACGACAAAACACAUGCAAAAAUAGGGGAUUUUGGGCUUUGCCGGUUUAUUUAUGCGGAUAGUUCGAAUUAUAAGGGAAGAGGUGGAAGAUUGCCUAUCAAAUGGAUGUCCCCCGAGGCUAUUCGACAUUAUGAAUUUACUACUAGUUCUGACGUCUGGUCUUUUGGCAUUCUCAUGUUCGAAAUAAUCACUUUGGGAGGCACUCCAUACCCUGGAAUUCAGCCUGACGAUAUGCUCGCAUUUUUGGAGUCGGGCCGUCGUAUUGCUCAACCAGACAAUUGUCCGGAUGAAUACUACAAAGUAAUGUGUGCCUGUUGGACAGCAGAUCCAAGAAUGCGCUUAGACUUUGCUGCUAUAAGGCAACAAUUAGCCCUUCAAUUAGAAACCGUUAGCGAUGAAUAUUCUUAUUUAAAAUUGGAUGCUUCUAAAGACUAUUAUAAUGUUUCUUAUGGGGAAUUGAAAGAACAACAAGGAGGGGAAGAGGCUGAGAAAGAUGUGGAGGGGGUUGUAGAGGAAGGAGGAGUAGUAGAGGAGAUUAAUAAUAUAGAGGAGAUUGGCAAAAAUAGUGGGGGAGAAAAUAAAGGGGAGAAUAAGGAAGAGAAUGAAGAGGAUGAUAAUAGGAGAAGGAAGAAAAUUGAGGAAAAAGAUGAGGAGGAAAGAAGAAAUGGAAGAAUACCAAAAUAG